AUGCUAGCGAAUCUAGACAUCGAUGUUAUUCUCCAAGUACUUUCGUGGCUUCAACCUGAUGAUAUCAUAUCUCUAAGAGCGACAUCUAAGCACUUCUAUUCUAUCACGCAUCUGCGCACAGUAUGGUACACCGCACUGACAAACCUCCUCUCCGAUAACACCCCUCUCGCACGUAUGUCGCUCGGUCCCGACGAUGAAAGCGCGUAUAAAUCAUUUCGUGACCUCUCUCAACUUUCAACGUCACAGCUCGAGAGGCUUGUGUUUGCCACAAGCAAGAAAAAUCGGAUAUGGGGGCAAAGAAGGCCUGAACGAACACGUGCGACGCGUAUGCUUGCAAGAGUCGGUCGCGUGUUCGUUCUGCGUUUCCUACGAAUAUGCUCGACCGAGCGCGUAAAUGGUGAAGAAGACGUAGACGAAGGGCGGUAUCUUUUAUCCUUUGGUCAUACUCAUGUUCCAACGCUAUGUAUGCAAGUCUGGGACGUGGAAGCGCAGGACCAGGGACAAAAUGGAGAGCAGCUCGUUGAUGAGUGGGUGCUACACGGUCGUAUGAUCGGGAUUGCUUUCGAUGAAGGAAAUGGCUUGCGUGAUUGGUACAAGGAAACGUAUGGAGAGGUGUAUGCAAGAGGGGCGCUGAUCGCUGUUUCCGCGAGAUGUUUUGGCGUGCCUGGAGAUGUCAUGUUUAAUUUCCGUAUAAUGUGCUUCACGCCGUUAAUACCAUCCGGCGGAAACCUAUCACCUCUCGCAUCUUUCCGCCUUCGCGGGCCGCUGAACGUACGUGCUAUGCACGGCAGGCGCGUCGCGGUCCAAGUUCGUGCGGAUGGAGAGGGUCAGGUAUUUGGUCACGGUGUGCUGAAGGUAGUUGAUUGGGUACAAAGCAAGGAGAUCUUUGCUCAGGCCCCUGAUGACACCAUUUCUUCCGAGACGGGAAUUUUUAAUACCGGACGAGAAUUCGCCGUGAAGCUGGAGCCAUCAAUUCACGGCCUGAACCGCGCCGUGCUUCGGGUACAGUUCGUCCACGACUGGGUGCUCGUUUUCCGCGAGUCCGUUCUAGAGUUCUACUUCGUCCCACCUUCGUCAAUCACAAAGAACCCACAAACAAUCCGACCAACGACGUUCUAUAAAUGGGCUUGGCAGAUCAAUACUCUCGCAGUGGCCGAACGUAUCUCGUGGAUACACGAUCGCAUGGCGUCGGUUUGUCGAAUAUGCAAUGGGAGCGGUUCCGUUUUAACAUCUUCCAUUCCGGAAGGUAAUGAUAUCCAAGUUGUAUGUGCCUGCCGGUAUCACCCACUGUCCAUCGUCGCGCGUUUCGAUAGCUACUACCCCUGGCCCGUCAACUUAUUGCAUCAUUUCGUCCUCCACGUCAAUCCAGACCAAAGUGCAUUACAAUACAACAGCAGCAUUCUUGAGGCACCCUACACGCUCCCUCCGACACUUUCACAUACCGUUCCAUCCACUGUGCGUCUCUUCGGCCAUUCGGUACUCAUAAUGGGACAAUUUGGGACACUCCUAUGGACAGACAGCGAAGCUAAUAACUUUAGUGAAGGUCCAAGCGACGAAGCGUAUUUCGCAGAAGGGACAGGCGAACGUGUCGCAGGUCGUCGACUCCGUCUUCCCCUGCCUCCCCCUUCAUCACCAACUGAAUCAUUACCAGUCCUCCGAGACAGACAAGACACGGACGGUAAUAGAUUCGAGUUCCCGCCUGCUCAUGCUCCUGUACAACUAGACGCUACGGGCUUGGGAACAGGACAGCAGACUAUCCAACAGACUACUUCGGUUUUUGCUACGAGGUUGACUGAAGGGUGGUAUUCUCUUGCCUUGUGCGAGAGUAAAGGGAGGAUAGCAAUUGGAGAUGGGGAAGGUGGUAUCGAGGUUUGGGAUCAUUUUUGAAUAUGUCGAAGUUGGAUAUUGUAUGAUAUCAUGAUCAUGACACUUUUUUUCUUCUUGUAUUUGUCUUGAAUGUGGUUAUUAGACACGCACUCCUCGCUUUCGACGGAUGUAUCUGUAUGUUCUGUAUAUCUCCUUUGUUAUUAUACAAGGACAACAUUUUCC